ACCGACUGCCGGAAAUUAACUUGUAAAUUGUAAAUUGUAAACAAUAUAAAAAUAUAAAACUGAAAACGAAAACCGCUAUGAGCUAUGAGUGAUGAAGAUCCUCUUGUUCUACAAAAAAAACUUUAUUUUUUGCUAGACCAAUUACAAAACAUGGCUAGAGAAUUGCCUCCAAAAUACCAAAUGAGAUUACCUUAUGAACUCUUAUCAAGUCUUGCCAAUUGUCUGCUAAAUGAAACAGUAUUUGAAAUUGUGAAAGGUCUCUUGGAAAUCCAGCAUGUUACUGAACAACAUCUCUACCAACAAAGACUGCAGUUUAUAAACCAGAAGAAAAUACAAGAACAGGAAAUACUGAAGCAUUAUGAGCAUGAUACCAAUAAAAAAAUUGAACAGCUCCAAAAGUUCAUGAUGCAACAGAAAGAAGAGUUGAAGGUUUUUGACAUGAAUCUAGUGUUGCAAUUAGAUCAAAAAGUAGCUGAUCAACAGCAAAUUCUAGAGCAAGCAGGAGUUCCAGGAUUCUAUGUUACUAAAAAUCCUCUAGAAAUCAAGGUCCAAAUGCACUUAUUGGACUUUUUAUUGAGGCUAAGUCACAUGCCAAUACCAGUUUAAUAUAAUGAAUAUGAUUGGGAAACAUCAAUUAUUGAAGAGAAAGACUCCUACUGUUGGAGUAUCAGUUUGGAGGAUUGUGUUACACUGAAUAACCAUUUCAAUGAAUCCAGAGGCAGAUCAAAGGAACAUUAUUUCUAUUCAUAUAUUAAAAGAACAUGACUUGGUUCUUCUAUAUUAUUAUUCUUCAUUAUAAAUAUCUUCAGAUGAAUUAAUAAAACUUGAAUUUAACAUGUUUGUUUUCUGAAUAUUCACACCAUAUGGGAGAAAUAAAGGUGCAUAUCAAAAAGUCAAGUUUUUAAUCUGCUAUAUUUAUUAUAUACAUCAACAACCAACACUAUCAAUAUACUAUAAUGUAUAACAAAAACAAAAAGGUACUUGCAGUUCCAAGUAAUUUCGUUACUUGUGCUAUGACAUGGAAAAUAAUUAUACAAUUAUUUAGGAUAGGUUGCACAGGGGACCCUUCAAAACUCAAUUUUUAUGUCCUAUAUAAAGUCCAUCUCUUACCAUGACUAAAUUCCCAUUCUAUGCAGGAUAUAAUAUCCUUCAUGAACCUAAUUAAAAAAACCAAGCACCUAUCACUUGAAACUCCUUAGUGAAGUUCAAGUUGAGUGAAAAAUCAAUAAAUCAAAAAACACAGUGCACCUUAAAAAAUAAGUUGAAAUGAAACCGUUUUCAAUCUUCAAAAAGCUACCGCUACCGUUCAUUUUAUGGAAGACCAAGGUAGGUAUUAAACAGUAUUAAAAAAAAAGAACUGAUCAACACAACAAGAUUAUGCAGUGUCCCAUUUUUUCGUCAAAAUGAAUGUCAUGUUCAGUGUCUUUCACAGGCCUCUCAAAAUUCGCGAUUGGCAAAAAGAUACUUGACCACCUGAUAUUGCAACAAUGGCAGUACAUUUUGAUACCAAUAACUGGAAAAAAUACAACAGGUGUUUCUCUUUAUUUGGGCAUGCACUAUUUUAAUUCCCUGCAGGGAUAUUUGAAGGUAGACGUCUUUGUGUAAUUGGCACAGACAUCAAUUAACAAAAUGGUUUUCUUGAGGCUCUAACUCACUCUAAGAAUGGUUUUAUUGGGCUUUUUUAGCUUCAGCAGAUCCGCUAGAACCAUAGGAUGAUCCUUUCUUUAUUUCAGUCAUGCCGAUGGUUUUCUUCAUCAAGAUGAAAACUGAAAAUAUGCACUUGGAAUGAGA